AUGAUGUUUUUUAGACUAUUGGCUGUUAUUCUUGCGGUAUUCCAAACAUGGCCGUUGAACCAUGCUCACUCAGAUUAUAUGCACAAGUAUAAGCGGACACUGGCUCAAAAAGCAGACAGAGCGCUGGCAGGUGUAGGGAGAGAGCAGUGCGGCUCCAUCAGCCGUAAACAGCCGCCGCGCUCCACGGCCCAACACUACUCCCUAGCGGACGUGCCUGGACGGUACACUCGCUUAACAGACCUGCAAAUAAGAAAAACACAAAUAAUGAAGUCCUGUUCCAAUGGAUGCAGCAGCUCAAGUGGCACUAAAUUGCGUGAUGACCUUAACUGGGAUACGAAUGAAAGGGAAAAAUAUGAUGGACCAAAGGAAGAUCCUUUUAUAUGGGAGAAAGACGAAGAACAGUCAUUCUCAAAGAUCAACAGGGCACAGUGGGCCACUGACUCUGUGACUGGAAUUAAGUCCUCUAGUUUAGCAAAAGACAUGGACUCAAACAAGCCCUUUAAAACAAUAGUGAAUGGACACCCAGAGCAAAUUCAUGUGCCACUGUUGCAAAGGGUGGCUUUGAUGGACAGCUCCUCCAUAGUAAGAAGGGUAGCACGCAGCCUUGCAGAGUUCCACAGUAAAGAAGAAGAGGUCCCAGAAUAUAAGGAAAACAGCCAAAUCCAUCAUGCUGAUUACUCUGCAGAAAGUGAGGUGUACUCUGGGGAGCAAGAAGGGGUGCAGAGAAUUGCUGGGGAUCUCUGGAGAGCUGAUGUAUGGGAUGUCCCAGCAAAGUGGAUGACUGCACUGUAUUUCAGUGGGCAGGCAGAGCAACUAAAGGUGAACCCUGGGAUUGCCAUAGAACUGCCCCGCUCUAGGUUCACUUUAGAGCUGUGGCUCAAGCCAGAAGGGGGCCAGAAUAAUCCCACCAUCAUAGCAGGCGUGUUUGACAACUGUUCAUAUCCAUUCAGUGAAAAAGGCUGGUCUGUCGGUAUUCAAACCAUAGACCCUACUGGAAGAAAAGAUGGCAGGUUUUUCUUCUCCCUUCGCACAGACCGUGCACUCAAAUCCACCACCAUCACUGGACAUCAGCGCUACCAGCCUAACAGCUGGACUCAUGUGGUGGCCAGUUACGAUGGCCACAAGAUGGUACUCUACAUAGAUGGCUCCAAGGUUGGCGAGACCACUCAACAGUCAGGUGACUUGUAUAGUUCCUAUAUCAAGACUUGUCGCCUGUUUUUGCUUGGAGGGGACCAGUCUGAUCACAAACAUGGUUUCCGAGGGUAUUUAGGAGGUGUUGUACUAUGGGGUUAUGUGCGUUCUCAUGAAGAGGUUUUUAAAGUUCACCACCCCAAUUCAGGGAGGCAAGACCCCCUUUUCGCUCAAUGGGCAGAUUUCUCAGAGGUAGAGCAUCAGUGGGUGCCUUACAAAGACCGACUCAACCCAGCCAUUGUGGCACUUCCCAUUCCAGAGCAACAGCGUCUGUCUCCACUUCAGCCUCCUAUGUGUGGUGUGACUAUAUGUGACAAUGCAGAUAUUGCACUAAGUUAUAACCAGCACUGGCAACUGAGAGCAGAGAAGCGCCUACGUUACCGUGUUGUGAACAUCUGUAAGGAUGAUGGCAGUGAUCCUGCAGUCUCUCUGCAGCAGAUCCAGCUGCAACACCUGGCCUUGGAAGAGGCCUUUCGGCCCUAUAACAUCACCUUGGAGCUCAGCAUCCACACCAUCUACAACUCAUCCCUACAACGCCGAUUCAUCCUCAGUAACUGCCACAUUGCCAAGGUGGGAAACCGCCAUUGCGAUCCAGAAUGUGACCAUCCUCUCACGGGCCAUGAUGGGGGUGAUUGCUUGCGCAUGGGGCCCUGCUACAGCUGGAAGAGGAACGAUGGAGCCUGCAACCCAGAGUGCAACCGGAUUCACUAUGAUUAUGAUGAUGGUGAUUGCUGUGAUCCCGAGGUCACUGAUGUCACAAAGACCUGCUUUGAUCCGGAGUCUCCACACAGGACUUACCUGAGUGUGAAGGAACUGAAGGAUCUGCUACAUCUGAGCAGUUCAGACACACUCAACGUCUUCUUCGCUAAUAAUUCAGCACGUGAGGAGCUUGCUGGGGUUGCCACCUGGCCAUGGGCCAAAGAAGCCCUCACUCAUCAAGGAGGAAUGAUACUUAACCCUGGCUACUUUGGCACAAAAGGACACAAAAACACCAUGAUCCAUGAAAUGGGACAUAUUUUGGGACUCUACCAUGUUUUUAGGGGUGUGAGUGAACGCGAGUCAUGUGAUGAUCCUUGUCAAGAGACCACCGCAUCCAUGGAGACAGGAGAUCUGUGUGCAGAUACAGCGCCAACACCAAAGUCUAAAGCUUGCCAUGACCCUGAUCCAGUCAACGAUACUUGUGGUCUUACCCAAUACAAAAACACACCUUACAACAACUACAUGAGUUAUACAGAUGAUGACUGUACAAACCAUUUUACACCAAAUCAAGUAGCUCGGAUGCACUGCUAUGUUGACUUGGUCUACAAAAACUGGGUCCUUGGCAGAAAGCCCACCUCCAUUCCUCUUGCGCCAAUAGUGACUGGUCAAGAUACAGAUUCCGUCUCAAUUCAUUGGCUGCAUCCAGUCAGUGGGCCACUUGCUCACAGGGAGGGUGGUGUGAGCUGCCAGCUCUGUGAUGAGAAUGGCGCAUUCCAUCAAUACGCCUAUGAGGCCACGUCUCCUCACACCUGUGAUUCCACUGAAUACUGGACACCAGAGGAAGCAGUGGGGGCCCCUGAUGUAUACCAGCCGUGUGAACCUAGCAUGCAAUCCUGGAGUCCUGAGGUCAACCUGUAUGAGGCCAACAUAACCACACCGUGUCCCCAGACCGAAGGCUGUCUGCUGGAGUUGCGCUUCCUUCACCCUGUGCUUCCUGACAGCUUGACUAUUUGGGUCACCUACACCUCACUCAAUAGACAGGCAAUCGCUAAUAUCGUGUUCAUUCUGGAAAAUGGCGAGUCGGUCCACACAGGCCCUCAGCAUGCUUUCUGUGAUAUUCCUUUGACGCUACAUGUCCAUACUAUUGAGAAGGUCAAGGCCAUUAAAAUCUCCACCUUUGACAAGAAGCUUGAGAUUGAUGCUGUCCUGCUGUCCUCACGGCCCCAGAAUCCAAUCUGCUCUGGCUGCCGCCCACUUCUCUACAGAGUGCUCAGAGAACCUCCAAUCAGAGAGGACCAGAGCCCCGUCAUCGUCAGACGGCCCACAUACACUGACAGUGACGUGCAAAGGGACAUACAGUAUAAGUACAGGAUCCAGGUGGACUCGGAUGGUUUAUUCAGUGAACUUUCCCCAGCACUGGUUUACACUCAUGGAGAACAUUUCUGUGGUGACAGCUCACUUCAGGGGACUGAGCAGUGUGAUGAUGGAAAUAUUUUAGGUGGAGAUGGCUGCUCCAAAAAAUGCCAUGUUGAACAAGGCUUCAAAUGUCAUGGUCAGCCUAGCCUGUGCUAUGUGUUUGAAGGGGAUGGAGUUUGUGAGGAGUUUGAGAGAGGGUUCAGCAUUCAGGAUUGUGGUUUUUCCACUCCGCAGGGCUUCACUGAUCAGUGGGCAUCUACCGCUUCAGGCUCUCAUCAGGACCAGAGAUGCCCAGCAUCAAGGGUCACCGGAGAGCCUGUGCUCACUCAGAUGUGCAAGUCUCAAUAUUUUGACAUAAAUGAAGUAGUGACACAUGCUGCAUGGACCCCCUGCACUGCCCAUCUUAACAGCUACAAUAAUCAAGAUCAGUCUGUCUGGCUAAAGGUUGGAUUUGAGAGACCUGGUGUAGCAGCAUCUGUUAUUAUCUACCUGGCCUAUGAUGGUAGUUGCAAUGGAGAGAGUUGCAGGAAAACUGUGACCAUACAAUUGUGUGAUACCACUGGGAAAAAACACAUGCUUGGUUCAUACAAGCUCUCAUGCCAGCGUAACCCCCUAGUAGUGAACGUGACUCAUAACUUGAGUGUGCCAUUCUUCCAGACCUCAGCAUUGCAGCUCAACUUCUCCUCCUCUCAAGUGGCUGUGUUGGCGGUUGCAUUGCGUACAUCUUGUCACUUCAGUGUCUUUGCCCAGACCGGAUAUGUGCAUAGGCUGUGCAGUACAGAGUCAUGUGGUCCUUUGAAAGUGGACCAUGCUUCAGUGCGCUGUACUCCAGACAUAGACAUUAAACACUGCUCUGUUUCUUGUCAUCGUGGCUACACCAUCACUGUUCUCCAUGGCCAGGGGCUUUCUUCUCAUCAUAGGGAAGCAGAGCUGAACUGUGUGCAUGGAGUAUGGGACCGUAUAGUGAGCUGCCAGCCAGUGGACUGUGGCCACCCUCCUCAGUCUCAUGUCUACUUUACCUCCUUCUCGUGUCCCUGGGGCACCACAUUCGGCAAGCAGUGCACCUUUUCUUGUAAUGCCCCAGCUAUCCUGCAAGGGAAAAGUGACACAUUGGUUUGUCUCGAGGAUGGGCUGUGGUCAUACCCAGAAGGGUACUGCAAGGUUGAGUGCCCAGAUCCACCUAACGUACCCAAUGCCAAGCUGCUUGUUCCCCAGUGUGUUGGAGGUGGCCAUGAUGUGGGCACUGUAUGCCGUUACAAAUGCAUCCCAGGAUAUUACGUCACUGGCACGCUCGAAAAAAAGCCAAGAAAGAAGGUUCUGAGGUUGGAGUGUUUGGAGGGCGGGAACUGGCAGAGGGGCAGCUGUUCACCUGUUACAUGCCCUACUUUGCCUAUGAUGUUUGAGGGCAUGUAUACCUGCACCAUAAACUUUUACUUCGAUAGCAUCUGCACCCUAAAGUGUCCCGACACAACAGAAAGGUCCAGUAUUCACUGCACCAAAGACGGCAGAUGGUCUGAGGACUUCACAAUGUGCAAGAAGAUAGAGGGCUUGUGCCAGGCUCCUCUUGACCUUAAUCUGGUGGAAUACAUCUGUGACGAGGGCUUUGAUGUGGGUGCGGUCUGCUACCCGACAUGCAUUGUGGCCUUGAGUGACCCUGUGGUGUUAGCCAAUGACUCUAAUGCUGAUACAGUAGAGCACUGGAUGCUUCCCAGCAAAGUUCAGAGCAUCGUCUGUACUGGCAUGUUGAAGUGGUAUCCAAAUCCAGCACAUAUCCACUGCAUUCAGUCAUGUGAGCCAUUUGGUGGAGAUGGUUGGUGUGAUACCAUUAAUAACCGAGCGUACUGCCAGUAUGACGGAGGGGACUGCUGUCCAUCAACUCUCUCAUCUAGAAAGGUUAUUCAGUUCGGAGUGGAUUGCGAUCAUGAUGAGUGCACCUGCCGUGACCCUGAGGCCGAGGAGAACAAGGACACAGCCCACAGCCAAAACUGUAUGAAUGAUAGCAAAGCAGAAACUGCAUGAACAGAUAUAAUGCUACCUGGAAAAAAGAAGAAGAAAAAAAGAAAAUUGCAAACAAUAACCUGACUUGUUCUCCCUUUACAUGAACAAAGAAGUUGUAAUCAAAAGCAGUAUUUAAAACCAUAGAAUUGCAUUAAGCAAUCAUAUUCAUCAUUAGUCUAUAAAAUAAUAACUAAUAUAUUUUCAAAAUCUCUACCAUAGUUGUAGGUGUAGACAUGAUCAAUAUUUUAG